AAAGAGCAUCGUUGAUUCCCUACGAAGAGUUUUUCCUAAGGCCGUGGGAGAUAAACCGCCUCAGAAUCUCGAUUGACGGUACAACCACGGCAGUCCAGGCAAGGUGCGGCCUUGACAGCAUAUAUUUCUCACCUCAAUGCCUCGGAAUGCAUGUAUGGAAUGACGCGCAAGGUGAGAUGCUCCAUGGACGAGACUGGAACCUGUAAACGAUGUCAGGCUCGCAAUCUGGCAUGCUCAUACGUCCAUCGUGUGAGUGGGUUUGACCAUGGGACGACCACCUCGCCGACUCACCAGGACCCUGCUCCACCAGUUCCUGAUACAGGGGUCCUUUCGGCCCUCCAAUUAUCCAGCAGUAACUCUGGCCUUGAUAUUGGAACAGGCACUGCGUCCGAAAUUCUCCGAGAGGGAGAGCUGACUCAAACAUUGCUAUUACUUUAUUUUCAAAACUUCCAUGAUAUACAUUCUAUGUUUGACCAAACCAUCUUUUUGCGUCGAUUCGCUCUUGGCGACAUUCCCAAAGUCCUCCUAUUUGCCAUUAUGGCCUUGGGGAUUCGAUAUUCCCAUGCACCUUUCCAGAACCCCCAUCUGCGUCCUCACUGGGGCGAAUCACUUUACCAAGAAGCUCGACAGCUUCUGAAAGAGGAUUUCGACCAUCCAUCUCUUACCACAAUCCAGGUUUAUGUGCUGCUUGCUACCUAUAAUCUAACAUUUGGUGGUGCUCGAAAAGCCUGGAUGUUUCUAAGUUUUGCCCGUAGUUUUGUGGCAAUCCUCAGACUCGACAAGCCUGCUAGCGACUUGGACCCAGUCCAGGCGGAGCUCUGUCGCCGUCUGAUCGCAACUAUCAUUCUAAUGGAGAAUACCUUUCCACCAUAUCUGGACUUGCGCGGUCCCUGCCUCCUACCAGCCCUCUACCGCAGCUGCAAUCAGCAAUUUGCUCCCUUACAGCAGCAAUUAUCAGACUGGAAUACAAACCUCCACCCGUCCCUAGCGCUUACGCAAGCGAAUCUCGAAACUCACCAGCAAAAGUUUACUCUCCGCUCAUUCAUGUAUAUGCAUCUGCUAUAUGAGUACAUCUGGCAACUGAUCUUGUUCGACUCUCUGGACUGGACAGAAUCGACGUUAUCUGGCACUUCCGAUACGGGCAAUGGUGCUACUUUAUUGAUAUACAAGCACGCUUCGGCGACCGCCAGCAUCGUACAGCAAGUCUGGUUUCUCGCGCACCUCGACCUCCACAAUGCAUGUUUCGGGCAGAUGGUCAAGACCGCUCAGGUUAUUCUGACGCACUGGCUCCUCACGGCCACGGAUCCGCGGGUCAUAACCGGUAUUCAAAGUCAGCUGCUCGCUCUCCGCGAUUGCCUGACACGUGUUAAGGCUCAUUGCCGGCUCUUCAACUGGGUGUUCGACCAAGCCGAAUGGUUCCUCCGCGUCGUCAACCAGGCCGAUUUCAAGUUCUAUCAAGAUUCGCAAAGAUGGAAAUCCAUGUUAAAGUUUCAGGUCAUGUCACUGGGUACCAGCUAUGAGCGGCUGGAUUAUGAAACUGCGGGUCGUUCUAGCGGACUCGAAAGCUUAGCUGAUGCAGAAUCUCUCGAACAGCAUAGGAAGGAUCAGAUUCCAACUAUAUUGACGCCGAGCUAUAUUGCACAGAAACGUCUUAGGGCGCGUGAGUCUUAG